UUUCUUUUCCUUUUUUUUUUUCCUUCUUUAAAUGGGGUAAUGGACUCCUCUUCUUUGACAUGGAAAUGGGAACUGAUUAUUUCCAACUCAAUUGCAAAUUUCUUUUGGGUAAAGCCAAAAUGAGAAUGUAAAAACAUUUUUUAAACAAGUUAUCAAUAAAAAUUAUCGUAAAUAUCAUUCGCUUGACUACCCGACUGUAAACAGUUUCGGACAUAGACAGAGCAACUGCGAUUCGUGGUUUCUGCCAUCCUUGAUUUUUCUUCCUUUUGGUUGUUUGUUCCAAAGUUUAAGAUUUUUGGUUCUUGGGUCUCGCUUUCUUCUCAAUUUUUAUGCGUCUUCAGAUGAACUUGCUUUUCUCCAAGGUUCUUCUGGGUUGUUACACAAAUGGGUUUUGCAAUCUCAUUUCUGGUUUUGCAUCGUCACAACUCUUAAGAGGCUUCAGUGAGACUUCAAAGAAUGGAUUUUCUGCAAUGUCGGCUGAUAAUUUAAGGAGCCUAGCUAAGAGUGAUUCCCUGAGGAAUUACCAUGUUGUAGUGGCUGCAACUCGUGAAAUGGGGAUUGGAAAAGAUGGCAAGUUACCAUGGAGUUUACCUUCUGAUCUCAAAUUCUUCAAGGAACUUACAAAGACAACAUCAGAUCCUGAGAAGAAGAACGCUAUAGUAAUGGGUAGAAAAACCUGGGCGAGUCUUCCACUUGAGUGUAGACCUUUACCUGGUCGCCUAAAUGUUGUCCUGACUCGUUCCGUGUGUUCUGAUAUUACUACUGGAGAAAAUGUUAUAACAUGUAGGUCCAUUCCAUCAGCUUUGCAAUUAUUAGCAGCGUUUCCUUAUCGUUUUUCAGUAGAGAAGGUGUUUCAUUGGAAGUUGCCAGAUAUUUAGGUAAAUUUUAGUUAAAGUUGUUGAAUUUUGUUGCAUAUUGUUGGAAGAGAUAUAUUUGAUGUUUUAUAAUGCAGGGAAACAACUAAUGCUCCAGAUUGUGAAGCCAUCCACAUUACUGAAAUUUAGACAAACAUUAAAUGCGAUAUCUUGAUUCCUGCAAUUGAUUUGUCUUGUUUCCCGCUGUGGUAUUCGUCCAAGCCAUUAGUAGAAAACGGUAUCGGUUUUCUUUUGCAACUUAUGUUCGUGUGAGAACUGCUGCGACUGGUUCUCCUUCAAAUAGUGAAGUUAAGUAUAAUGGCAGUUCAAAUUCCAAUAAUUUUGAGGUAAAAAAACUUCACUUUCCUGCCAAACAUGAUUCUUGAGAGACAUGAUUACUAAAUAUACCUGAGACUUACUCGAAAUUAUCUCAUGUGGCAAACAACGCAAGAUUCUGACUGGAUAGAUACAGAAUUCAGUUGCCAGAUGCAAUUCAAUCGAUGCAGAUCUUUUCAGCUUCUUACAACUAAGGAUUCCCUUGUCUGUGAAUGCAGAUUUUGAGGAUCAAUGAGCUGAAGAAAGACAUAUCUUCAUUUGUUGCUUCACACUUUGCAUCUAUGAUCCAUACUCAAAGGUAUAAAGGAACAUAGGGUUUAGAAUGGUCGUUAAGAGAAACAGAUUUUCACUGCCCUGUUUUAGCAUUGAAUUCACUGCCCAAUUAAGGAGCUGAAGAAAGACAUAUAUACACAAAUUACAUUUUACAUAAUUUUACUAGGAAGAAUGGUACUACUUAUGAUAAUUGCGGGAAAUAAUUUGCUUUAUUUUUAUGACACGUUAAUAAAAUAUUUACUAUUGGCUUGCUUGACAUCUAGAAUAGGUUACCAGUGCCAAGUUGAUGGGAGCUACUUAAAGGCAUAGAUUUGGGUUUCUGCAGAUCUUUUUUAUGUGAAUGUUUUCCCAGAAUUAUCAAAUUUAAAUUAAGGAGCACGACACAAAAAUGCUUCAGAAAUCGCAAUCUACCAAGCCUACAAAAGCAGUUUAUAUAACUUAUAAUCUUGAAACUAGAGUGCAU